AUGCAAUCGACAACGCUUUUCGCUAUCCCUGCUCUGAUUCUCGUGUUGGUGGCGGUGAUUAUCGGGAAGAAAACUCCCGGUACAUCCAUCAAGAGGGUAAUAUCAACUGUACUCGACGCAUCUUUAUCUCGCCACUAUGCUUUCAAGAAUGUUGAAGAUGGCAGUAAGCUUCCAUCAUGCAGCUACGAGUGGCCAAACGGCCAAGGCGACGCUGCAAAGUUUUUGAACGGGCAAAAGAACAGCGAGAUUUGGGAGAGCCGAUAUGGAGCCAUUUACCGUCUGUGGUCCGGCAUGACGCCUGAAGUAGUCUUGACAAAACCGGAACACGUUCGAGCAGUCUUCAAAGACUCAGACAAGCAUCUAAAAGCCGUCAACAAUAACUCCGGAUACAUGCUAGGCCAGCUGCUGGGACAAUGCGUGGGCCUCGUGAGCCAAGGCCAGUGGAAGCGCGUUCGUGCCAUUAUGGAGAAGCCGUUUCACAGGAGCAUGGCAGCCACCUAUAUCCUAAUCGUAAAGAAGAGGACCGAUUCGUUCUUCCAAGAGCUCUUUGAAACAAGAGAUCUAUCACGCGGCCUCCUGGAUCCUGCGGAGGACUUGAAACUUCUCCCUUUUCUCGUUGUCGCGGAAGUCGUCUACGGGCAGCUGGCCUAUGAUAUUGAGCAAGAGCUUCGAUCCCUUGCGCCGCAGCGAGAAGCACUGAUGAGGCAUGUUGUCCAAGGCGGCCUUGCUCGCUUCGAAUGGGCUAAGCACCUCCCGACCAAGGCGAAUCGCGAGCUUGCAGCAUUCCAGAAGCGCUGGUUGGCAUUCAACGAACUCGCGCAUCGCCGUGCCAUUGAGCAAAAGCUCCAAUCUCCCAUCAUAGGCUUCUUCGCAGCUCGCGACCGCGGCGAGAUCAGCACACAGGAGUUGCUGCAUACGUUGGAUGAAAUGCUCUACGCCAACUUGGACGUGACUAUUGGGGGCGUGAGCUGGAAUGUCGUCUUUCUGGCAGCUUAUCCGGACAUCCAGGCGAGGCUCCGUCAAGACAUCGAAGAGAGACGCAAAACGGCCGAUGAGAUAGGCGUUGAAUUUGAAAAGGCGUACUUGCUCGAUAAUUCAUCCCUCCUCGCCGCAUGCGUGAACGAGUCCGCACGCCUUCGUCCACUAGCCGCUUUCUCGGUCCCGCAGGGCAUUCCGACCGCUCGCGACAUUGGCGGAUACCACUUCCCAGCCGGCACCAACUUCGUCAUUGACUCGUAUGCUCUCAACAUCCGAAACUCGUUUUGGGGCGAAGACCGAGAUAAAUUCCGACCGCAGAGGUUCAUGUCUGAUGAAAGAACCCAGGCGCGCUAUCAUUACUGGAGAUUCGGCUUUGGCCCAAGGAAAUGCUUGGGACAAUACGUGGCAGAUAUUCUGAUUCGCAACGUAUUGCUGCACCUCAUUGAUUCGUAUGAUUUGAAGAUGAUCAAAUCGGAGGCCAUGGAAGACUGGGAGCGCAACAAGCAAGUUUGGAUCAACCAUCCAAACAUGCAGCUCAGCUGCGAGCGAAGAUAG